AUGCGUACUUUUAUCCAAGGCAGGUUUUUAAACAUAAUUUCUUCGUCAUCAUCAAACGUUGGCUGGCUUAUUGCUGUUGCUGCUGCCGCUGGAGUGGUGGAAGGACGUGAAGUGCUGCCCUGUGCUGAAGACGGCAUCGACGUGACCACGCUCGCCUUUGUAGCAUGUUCUGGCGAUACAAAUGCUUCAUCGGAUGGUUUUAGGCUAUCUCGUGCUCCUGUUAACACUGCGCUCGGGAUCGCUAAAUAUUUAAAUUUCAGAUUAACUCAUUUUUCAAAUGUUUGA